ACAGCCCGAGGUCUGCCCGCCGCGCCCCAGAAGCCGCCCGCGCCGCACGCCUUUGGUUGCCCCCCGGCCGGCCACCGGGCCGGAGGCAGCCGGCCUCUACCAUUUUUAAUUAUGAAUGGACGCGGCCCCGCGACGAGCCCGCCCCAGUGGCGCAGGCGUGUUGGUACGAUGGCCUUUGUGGAGCGCACUUGAUUGUUCCUGGCACGGGAGCAGGCCGGGUCGCAUUCAUGCGUGCUAUCUUUUGUUGCGUGUCGACAUGGAUACGCAGCAGUCUGGCUUUUGCGACGCUUUCACGCGUGUGCUUGCACUUCUUGCGCCUCUACCUACAUGGCUGUCUGAGUGGCUCUCCGCGCGACAGUCGAGGAGAUGGGUACUUCACAAUGCGUAUCUGACUG